AUGUUCAAGCUUGAGAAUGGUAUGGAAACGGCUCUUGCCAGUCCGAAUCUAAAGAAACUUGAAGAAUACGUGAGCGAAUUGAACGUAAAGAGUGGAAACAAUAAAGCUUCGGUGAUUGAAAUAUUCAUAAAGCACUACGGAGACGAUAAGGUGGCGAAAGCGCUCGUGACUGCGCAGAGGAAGGCAGAUAUGGUAGAUGGGGAGAAUAUGAUCAGUCAGUUACGGGAUGCUCAAUUAUCGUCUUGGCGGGAGAGUGAGAAGUCCGUCGACGAUGUUUUCACGUUGCUAAAGCUUAGAGAGGACGGGUAUCGAGCCUUUGGCAGUCCGAAGAUGCAGGCACUGGAAGACUAUACGAAGAGGGCUCCCCUUACGAAUCCAGUCCAGAAAAACUUGCUUCAGACCUUAACGACAGGCUUCGGUGGAGAACGGAAACUAGCGAGGUUGCUUGUGGUUGCAAAGAGAGAUUCUAACUCGAAAGAUCUGGCGACGGCGAUGCAGAAAGCGCUGCUGAAAAAAUGGAUGCAGGUGGAUAAGAUGAAUCCUGAAGACGUCUUGAAGAAGCUCAGAUUGGAAGAUGAUGCCAUGGAAAAGAUCCUAACUGACAAAAACCGAUACACUUUGGUUGAGUUCAUUUCGAUGUACAACGCAAAGAAUCCGGACACGACGACAUCGUUGAUCAGAGUUCUUUCCGCGCAUUAUGGUGUUGACGGUGUGGCGAAGAGACUCGUGACUGGGUCAACGGGGACGAAUACAAAGGUAGUUGCGAAAAAAUUACGCGCUGAGCAACUCAAUGAGUGGCUGAUAAGUGGGAAAUCUGUGAACCAUGUUUUCAAGAUGCUGAAGCUGCGCGAUGAUGGAUAUUUAGCUCUUACUAGCCGCAAGUUGGAGGUGUUAGAAGACUAUAUAGCUGCGUCCAACAGCAAAAAAGGUGGAGAUGAAACUUUGCUCAAGGCGUUGACGACUGGAUUCGGUGGAGAAACUGAAAUGAAACAAAUACUGGCGAUGGGAAAGUUAAACCCUUACACGAUAAAAAGGGCCAUGUCCUUGCAACUUGAGCAGUGGCUCGUGGACAAUUUAAAGCCAGAAGAUGUCUUGCAGAAACUUGGAUUGGGCCGUGGUCUAGAAGAUGCUAUUCCCAACAAAAAUUUGCAGUAUUUGGACUCCUUUAUUUCGAUGUACAAAGCUGCAUAUCCAAACACCAAAAUAUCAUUGACUGGGACGCUUUCAGCGCAUUACGGGGACGAUGUUCUCGCGAAGGUGCUAGCUGCUGCGUUGAAUAAAGACGCUUUGUUAGACCAAAAUCGGUACACCUUGACAGCCUACAUUUCGUUAUUCAACGAAAAGAAUCCAGCCAGCAAGAAAUCUUUGCUUGAGACGCUUCUUGGGCAUUAUGGCGAUGUUGCGGUGGCGGAGGCGCUUACUAUUGCAGAGAGCAAACGUGCUACGAAGAACCUGGCGACACAGAUGCAGAUUCAGCAGUUUCAACAGUGGCAAAAAAGCGGGAAAUCUGCAGGCGCUAUAUUCAAACAGCUAGAUAUUGAUGUCGAUGAGUUUUUACUCGUGAUGAGCUCAAAAUUAGAAGCCUUAGAGGACUACAACACGACACUCAAAGUUGGUAAUUUGCGAUACAAACAAGAUACAUUCACGGUAGUCAGAAAAGGCUUCGGUGACGAUGUCGAGCUUGCACUUGUGGUCGUUAGAGCACUCAAGACAUUAGAGCUGGAAAACGCAAAUAUUCCCGUUUCAACUGCAACUGUAAAACUCUUUGGUGAUGGCGAGAAUAUUGCUAGUAGUUUGGAAAAAGCAGUUGUACAACGGUACACGCAGUACUAUCGCAACAAGAUGGCCCCUCCGCCUGUGAACGCUGUCAUCGAUCCUAGACGUUCUUAA